GUGCAGUGCAGUGUUAUUACGACAGUCUUUAUGCAGUCAGGAAGCGCAGUACGGUACAGGGUUGUCCAUGUCGAACAAUGACUCACUCAGGUUCUGACUGUAUUUGUAUCUCCGAAUGUACCACUCGAUAGAAAUGAGUGUCUCCAAAGCCAUUCUGUGGAUUUAUGGAAGGCACCCGUGCCAGUGAACUUGUGAGAUUAUAUUGGAUUUUACUACAGGAAGUAACGAAAGUUUGGUGAUUUAAGUUAGACGGAAGUUGCCUCCGAACACGCGACCGAUCCAGUCCAAGACGGCCCUUGGCCUUAGCUUGCCCGAGUGGAAUUCAGAGGCAGCACCAGCGGUCCGCGGUAUCUGCAGUAGUAGUCUGUGCAGAGAGCUUCUUUAUUUUGGCCGCAGCUGUGACGUACAGGGCGGUGGAAAACAAAAAUGGCAUCAAUGCGAAGUUUAGACGAUAUUGAUCUCUCCAGUUUGAGGGAUCCGGCUGGCAUCUUUGACUUGAUGGAAGUAGUGGGAAAUGGAACUUAUGGACAAGUUUAUAAGGGUCGGCAUGUCAAGACUGGUCAACUUGCUGCUAUCAAAGUGAUGGAUGUCACCGAGGUGAGUCUGAUAUCUAUUCAUAUCAUGGGUCCUGUAAUCAUCAAGCGUAGUGAUUGAUUUUAGGCUGACUUUCAUGAUUGAUUGACGAACUCUAAUAAUCAAUAUCAUCAAUGUUAGGAAUCAGCACCGCAGUCAAUCACUAAAAGCGUACAGGCAGGGUUGGCAUUUUCCCAGGGAAAUUUAGCCUUUAGGUAUUAUCAUCCACCCAGGUGGGAAAUACUGGGAAAUUUUUUAAUGCCUUAAAGUACUUAAUGGUCAAGUCUACCACAGAAAAAAUUGGAUUUGAAUCAAUAUAGAAAAAUCAAACAAGCCUAACGCUGAAAAAUUGCAUCAAAAUUGGAUGUAAAAUAAUAAAGUUAUGACAUUUGAAGUUUUGCUUAUUUUCCCAAGAUAUGCACAACUCACUGUCAUGUAAAUGAGACAGAUGAUGAUGUCCCUGACUUGUUUUUAUUAUUGUUUGAAUUAUACAAUAUUUCAAUUUUUACAGAUUUGACAAUAAGGACCAACUUCACUGAACCAUUAAAUGUUAAAACAAUGGUAAUUUCACAUGUUCAGGGAGGAAUAAACUUUUGUUUCACACGACAAAUGAGGAGAAAAUCAUCAUCAGUCCCCCCACUUGCAUACCGAUCAAGAUCUUCAUGUUUUGUGAAAUUAUUAAAGCAAAACUGACAUAUGUCAUAACUCUUAUUUUACAUCCGAUUUUGAUGAAAUUUUCAUUUUUUUCCUUGUUGGUUUUUUCUCUUUUCAUAAUUCAACUUUUUGUUGAGGUGGGUUUGUCAUUUAAGGUGUACAUGUACGUUUUACAGGAAGGUAGCGGGAAUUGGUACUAGAAUACAUAAAUAUGCUUGAUAAACACCUGGGCGAUACCUGAAAAUAUUCAAGAAUUAUAUUUCAUACAUGUAGUAUUAGUAUUUCCCUGCAUUUCCUACUACAGACGUAUUUCCCAUUUUCUUCAAAAAUUAUCGAGGUGGUGUUUACCGGUAUUUAACACCAGUAUUUCCUACUCUGGUUAACCCUGGUUCCAAGGCCCUGGGCUGUGUUCGUACAUAUUGAAUUUUGUGACAUGAUACUUCGAGAAUAGCGAUUCCAAGACUACCCCUUCUGUAUGUUUACACUGACUAAAAUUUCAUGUACAGUUCAUUUCACCUUGGAAUAUUUUUAAUACUUUUUGAGAGAUUGCAUUUUAAAUUUUCUUUAAUAUCCAUAAAAGGGAUGAUUUUGCUUGUUUGUGUGUAUAUGUGUGUGUGUGUGUGGGGGGGGGGGGCUUCUUGCUGGAUUGUUCUGGUUGUGUUGCGCUGGCUAAACUUGGCUGCCAUCCACACUAGCAAGAACUGUCGGUAAAUUUUUUUUCAUAAGUAGAUCACCCACAAAAGGUUUCGCAAAAAUAACAGGCCUCAAAACAAAUGCUGGUGCAAUCGCCUGCGAUUAUGAUUUAUUUUAUGGUACGUGUGGCUCUUCUGUAUGUUAUUUGUCCAAUUGGAUUUUUAUUUUACUGGUCUGGGACCAUCAGACUGGUGUCAAUGUGUAUUGGGCCGUGCAUUCCUUUUUUUUUUCAAAAUGCAAUUCUUCCCAAUAUUGAGCGCACAGAUUUAGGGAAAAUAAAAAUCAACUAUUUUCAGUACCAUAGUCUAUAAAACUGUACAGGGGAUGUGUACAUGUACAUGUAUGUACAAUAUAGUAUCAUGAUUCAAAUGCCUACACGUACAUAUACACAGACAUGAAUAUACAGUGUUCAUGUGUAAUACUCGAAGUACUUGUCAUGUUAAAAUACUGGUACAUGGAGUACAUUGUACAUCCUGUAGAUCAUACUACGUGCAACUUGUCUAGAUCAGCAUGUACAUGUAAAAGGAAGUGCAUGUACCGUAAACACUCUCAUUUGGCACAUGAUUGUAAUUAAAGCAAGGAUUCUUCCAACAACAAGUACAUGUAUGUUGGAGGAAGAGAGACAUAAAAAAGGUGUACGUGUAUGAAAGUUCAUGUAGAGUUUAUAUCCACUCCAGGUAUCAUUCAUGUUACAUAUAGGCUUCUAAAUUAAUGCAUCUGUGGACUUGUGUAUAUAAAGGCAUAUGGAAUAGUCAUCAAAUUUAU